AUGUCCCAGUCUACCACAGUUCCGAACCGUAUGGUGACUUGUGCUAAAAAUGCUACUCAGCAUCCUGGACACAUUUUGACUGCGGGUCGUGUAAAAAGACGUACUGUUGCUCAGAAAGCUGCUGAUGACCAGCGUGAACAAGAGGAAAUGGAGGCAAGUGAAGCCACUGUUCAGGAAGGUUAUCAGCGUAUUGCUACUUUGCAGGCCAAGAUGCAGGCAGAUGAAGAUGCCGCACGGGUUGACGCACCUAAGCCCAAGCGUCCCCGUGCACGCGCUGUAAAAAAGGGUGCAAAGGCCAUGGAGACCUCAACAUUGACCACAGCUCUCAGGAAGCCUGAGGCAGGCGCAGAAAUCACUGCUGAUCAGGUCAUUGGCACCAAAGGCAAGGCUGGUGGUGGGCAUGGAGGUAGAAAGGUAGCAGCCAGUGCUAAUGUGGAACACCCUGCGAGUGGUGAAGAGUUGAACAUGCCAGUGCCAGGGGCAGCCAGGGGGAAAAAACCAUUCAAGCAGGUGGUGAGGGAUGCGAUUCAAGCAGUUGUAGACGUUGAUAUUAGUAUCGAUGGAUCAACGAUAACAAAGGCACUCACGAUGAAGCUCCUCCUGACUGAAACCGCACUUUUUUUCUUCAAUCUUUCAAUACUCAACGAUGAUGCUAAAAGCCCUAAGAAAUUUGCACUUGCUGGACGUAUCCCAGGUUGGAUGUCAACUAUUCCGGCCACCAUAUAUGGGCCAGCCUCCAAGGCAAAUCCCUCUACCAGCACGUCUUCCAUCCAGCGGUCCAACAUAUCCAGCUCCGCUCCCCUUUCUAAACUCACAAAGGGGAGCACUAUGAGUAGCAACAGCGCACCCCCACUCACACCCAUCAGUACUCCUGAUCCCGAAGGCCACACGGGGUCUACUUACUCAAGUCUGUUUGCAGACGACAAGUUUGAUGAUGACGAGCCCUCAACAGCUCUUACAAACCAAGGAUUUACAGGUAUUCAAUUUAGUUCCAAGGCCUUCAAGAAGGUGGUGCCUCCGAAUGUUGCACAUCGCGACACAAUCCCAGUACCUGAUCAGUUCAAUGCCAUCGAAAAUUUCGACAACGACUUCCUCAUGCAUUCAGAUAUCGACGACGGGGCAGAUCCCAUCGCGGCCGAUUUUACACAGCCUACCUCCCUAGUGGACUACAAUUCCAAUUCCGACUCUGAGCUACAUUCUUCAGCCCGUGAAUCUGACCUCGAGCCCCCACCCCUUGCACAGAAACCCAGCUCUCGUUGCCCUGUUUUAGUGGACUUCAGCUCGCAGCCAGCAAGUCAAAAGCGGAAAUCAACAUACCUUGAUGCAGACGACGACUUAAUGACACUGUCAUCUGAAGUUGAAAUCAUGGAGAGGCCCGAUGCCAUUAUCCAAGUCAAGACCAAACCUACUGAACCAGUAUCUCUGCACCGGCUGACGUCUGCAACUGGCGUCACUGCCACACUCAAAGCCCCUGCAGCAAAGCAGCUGAAGUCCUCCAUUCCAGACACUCAGACCGCUGCCCCUCGUACCAGCGCUGCAUCAUCCAAGGCAACAAAGCCACCAGUGGAGGUCCUCCGUCGUUCUCUCUACAGGACGCGCCACCUUCCUGAUGGAUAUUCGACGGGAAACAAGUGGAAGAGAGAGUUCGUCCCGACUGUCCUUCGCUGUGUUGGCGAUCUCGAAGAAGUAUGGACCAUUACUGACAUAGAUUUAUGCCGUGUCCUGCAGUCAGUCUGGAAUGGCGUCUACAAAGGUAAAAUUCAACACACGGUCACUGUUGAUGGGCCCGUUAUCUCCAUGAGUCUCCAGCGGUUGUCAGAUUGGCGCAACGCCCUCUCCCAGUCUGCCCUCAUUGUAUACGCACUCUUCCUGAUCUCACAGGACGAUCUCACUGCUGAUAAGGACCGCCAAGACUUUUCACGCACCCUCCUUAAGGACUAUGCCUUCUUGUAUGGGGAAAUAACAGACGACAGAGAGAGGUUGUACCCAUUCAAGUCUGAUCUUAUCUUGCAGGUCCUUGUGCACCACAUGACUUCUUCACUUAAUGCCAUCGACUUGACGCUGGAUACUAAUUCAGGGCUGGGGAAAGGCAUUCUUUCUCUUGUCACGGCAGCGGUUGAACGCGCUGUCAAGCUUUUGGCCAAGGGAUGCAUGAUCUUGAGCGAGAUUGACACCACCCGCAGAGGCAGAGGCAAAGCUCCCCAGGCGCAUAACAAAUCCAUGGGAAAGGACAGCACUAUUCCACUGGCAUUUUCGGAUGCCAAUUAUGGCCAGAUCACCCGGUCUUACUUAGCCGCUAUCGAACGUCAGCCAGAGUCAGUCCUUCUCGAGAUCUCAGAGCUCGCACUGAGCAUUGCCGUGAAGAGGUCUGGCGUGCCAACAGACAUGAACAGCGAGGAAUCUCAGGAUGAGCGCGCUCUCAUCUGCUAG